GUCGUCUUAGCUGCCUACGUCUCUAGAUGCUUCUCUUUGAUUGAACUCUGCCGAUGUGAUCUGCGUCCCUCAAUCUCUAGUGGCAUUUCGUUUACUUAACCUUAAAAGGAUUCGGAGCUGCUUCAAAUGCUUCUGGCAGCAAGUUUUGUUUGAGAACAAGUUUAACAACUCCCUUGAUCAUUUCUAUAUCUCACCUGUAAUUCCAAGUACCCUGUAUGGACUUCACGAAGGAGAAGUAUGUCAGGUUCGGUGACACCCAAUACCAAGAGAAGUCAUUGCCUUCAUUCAAAGCAUCUGCUCCUCUAUUGAAACCUGAAGGGAAAAACAACACAAGUAAUUCUUCCUUUAAGAUUCCAAAGUAUGGGAGGUUUAAGGUUUUCCCAGAAUCCAAUGACCAUCAACAGCAAUGGAGAAAUCUUAAAAUUCUUGAUCCUGGAAGUCACAUUGUCCUUAAAUGGAACAGAAUUUUCCUUUUCUCCUGCUUAGUUGCACUCUUUGUAGAUCCAUUGUUCUUCUACCUCCCAUCAGUAGUAAACAACGAGAGUUCCUCUUGUAUGGAUACUAAUUUGAACCUGGGAAUUGCUUUGACAUGUUUUCGAACCUUCGCCGAUUUUUUCUAUCUGUUGCAUAUGAUUAUGAAGUUCAGGACUGCAUUUGUUUCGCCGAGUUCCAGAGUUUUUGGAAGAGGGGAACUUGUUUCAGAUACUGAGAAGAUUGCACGAAGAUAUCUGAAAUCUGAUUUCUUCAUAGAUCUCAUAGCCGCAUUACCUCUUCCUCAGAUUUUGAUAUGGUUUAUCCUUCCAGCAAUAAGAAGCUCCCAUGCCAAUCACACGAAUAAUGCCAUUGUACUGAUUGUUCUACUCCAAUAUGUUCCCAGACUGUAUUUGAUUUUCCCACUAAGUUCUCAGAUUAUUAAAGCCACUGGCGUGGUCACAGAGACUGCUUGGGCUGGUGCAGCAUAUAAUCUCCUUCUUUACAUGUUAGCCAGUCAUGUUUUAGGAGCAUGUUGGUAUCUGGUAUCGAUAGAGCGACAUGCAACUUGUUGGAAGUCUGUCUGCAAAAGUGAACUUGGCCCUAAUAGAUGCAUUCCUAAGUACUUGGAUUGUGGUACUUUUGACGAUGAAGAUCGAAGAGUAUGGACAAAUAGUACUGCUGUGUUUAGCAGCUGUAAUCCUGAUAACAGUACUGUUUUUGACUAUGGAAUUUUUGCCAAUGCUGUGACAAAGAAUGUUGUCUCCUCUGGUUUUAUUCAGAAGUUCUUGUAUUGUCUCUGGUGGGGCUUACAGAACUUAAGUUCUUAUGGCCAGAGUCUCUCUACAAGCACUUUCAUUGGGGAGACUUUGUUUGCCAUACUGAUCGCCAUCAUGGGUCUGGUUUUGUUUGCACACUUGAUUGGAAACAUGCAGACUUAUCUGCAAUCAAUCACUGUGAGACUUGAGGAAUGGAGACUUAAGCGAAGAGAUACAGAAGAGUGGAUGAGACACCGACAACUACCCGAAGAUCUAAGGGAGCGUGUGAGAAAAUUUGUCCAAUACAAGUGGCUUGCAACUCGAGGAGUUAAUGAGGAAUCAAUCCUUCCUGCAUUACCCACUGAUCUUCGUCGAGAUAUCCAACGCCACCUGUGCUUAGACCUCGUUCGACGUGUACCCUUUUUUUCACAGAUGGAUGAUCAGCUUCUUGAUGCAAUAUGUGAGCGUUUGAAAUCAUCUUUGAGUACUCAGGAAACUUGGAUAGUUCGCGAAGGUGAUCCUGUCACGGAGAUGCUUUUUGUCAUCCGGGGAAGGCUAGAGAGCUCAACUACUAACGGAGGCCGAACCGGUUUCUUCAAUUCAAUCACUUUGAGACCAGGAGACUUCUGUGGGGAGGAACUGCUGGCAUGGGCAUUGCUUCCAAAAACUCUCAACUUACCUUCGUCAACAAGAACAGUGAGAGCCCUUGAUGAAGUUGAAGCUUUUGCUUUGAGAGCAGAAGAUCUUAAGUUUGUCGCAAAUCAGUUUAGACGUCUCCAUAGCAAGAAGCUUCAGCAUACUUUCCGGUUCUACUCAUACCAUUGGAGGACAUGGGCUGCCUGUUUUAUUCAGGCAGCUUGGCGUCGAUACAAGAAGAGGAAUAUGGCAAAGAAUUUGAGCAUCAGCGAGUCGUUUGCAAUUUCUCUUGAUGGGGAAGAGUGUGAUGAAACUGAACAAGCAGAGGACGGGGAAGUGCAUGUAAGUUCAUGGUCAAACUCUUGUCAAGCCAAACAGCAUUUGGGUGUCACUAUACUGGCUUCACGGUUUGCUAAAAACACAAUGAGAGGAGCUCAGAAAAUGAAGGAUGCUUCAUUGCCUAAGUUGCAAAAGCCGGAAGAGCCAGACUUCUCCAAAGACCAGGAUGAUGACUAGUUCCAAGUCCAUUCAUGAUCACGAAAAAUGUUUUCAAGUCAACACGUCAGGCACUAAAAUGCAUUGUCAAACACCAAGCAAUUUUUUUUUUCCCUUUUCUUUUUUUUAGUGAUGAGUCAUGUUUGUUUUAAAAUUGUUAUUAGUAGCAUGAGGGAGGUUCAAAUCUUAUAGGCAGUAGCCAAGAGCUCAUUGUUAAGACUGCAUUAUAGCUUGAAGGAGAGAAGAACUAUAGUUUAUGUGAAUUCCCUUUGACAAUGAAGAAAGCAUAUGACACGGUUAUUGGAAAAAA